GUAACUAUUCAGGUCUGAGGAACAUGGCUUCCGCCGUGUAGGCUGCUGUAAGGGCGACUACAGCACGUUUUUUAUAUCACAGUAUAACGUUUAAAGGACGCUCAUUGGUGUUCGGAUAGUUGUUCCUCAUAAAUAAAACGAUGCUUUUAAGCAGAGCUAUUAAAUCUGCGUCGUGUCUACGAGAAUGGAGUUUUAUCUCAAGUAUAACACAAAACAUCUCGUUACUAACAUCACCACACGGUGCUCGCUUUGCGGUGUCGGCACGACCUCUAUCGCACUGUUUUCAUUCCCGAUGGACUGCAGCUCAACAGGAGUCUCGCAAUAGCAGCAGUGUUGUCCAGGCUGUACGAAACUAUGUUCGUGCUGUCCGAAAAAGGCAAGAGGUCCCUAGUCAGCUGGAUGACCUGCCAGCGACAAUGUUGAAAAUAGACUAUGCUGCUGUUCAGAUGGCUGAAAAGGCUGAUGACACAGUUAAGAAGCUCCUUACAUUAGAACUUGCAAGCCAUAAAGAAAAACUCAGGAUUAAAAAGGAGCAGCUGAUGGCUAAGGUAAAAAGAAAUGAGUCAGACCGAGGAUCCACAGAAGUGCAGGUGGCCGUCUUGACAGCAAAGAUCCGUAAUUACCAGGAACACUUGCAGUAUCACACAAAGGACAAAGCGAACAAGAGACGGAUGCUCAUGGCCAUUGACAGGAGGAAGAAGCUCCUGAAGUACUUGAGGCGCACUCGCUAUGACCUGUUCGAGAAUGUCUGUCAGCAGCUAGGAAUCACCUACACCUUCCCCCCAGAGUACUACAGAAGAGUCACCCGGCGCUGGGCUGCCAAGAAGGCAUUCUGCAUUAAGGUUUUCAAUGAAGUUCAGAAGCAGAAAGCCGCAGAGAAGAAGAGACAGAGGGAGGCAGCGACACUGAAGGAAGAGUCAGCAGACAAACAGAAGGGGGUGGAUGGAUCGCCCGUUUAGUGAAUAGAGACCUGAGGCUGGACUUGGAUACUAUAUUAAUAAACCAUACUUAUCCCACCUACUGACUAAAAGCAAAAAAAAAAAGAUGUUUUUCUGUAAUUUGCUCAUUGAUAUGAAUAAUUAUUUCCAGUAUAAAUUU